AUGGUUGGCUGGGUAGAUCAGGGUGGCCAGCAGGCCUCAAAUCAUAAGCCGAUCAGCGGCCACGAAGUCCUACUGCACGCGCCUAGUCGCCGUGGCUGGAAAUACUCAUUACCUGCAGCUCACCGCUGCGGGCUGUUGGAGCGCGAAUUCGACGCGAUGAAAACUUUCAGACGCGCCGACCGCACCACAACCACACUACCUACUACCUCCGUUUGGGGGAAACUAGGAUAUGAAAACUACCCAACGUACUACUAUCUGGCUCGUAGCCAGGCCCGAAACUGGCGUUAUCCAGCCUCCAACAGCGAAGAACUUAGGGCCUAUCUGGUACACCCAGGAGACUCAGAAGAGAGUCUUAAUAGGCGUGGUGCUCGCGAUCUGGAGACACUGACCGGACGGCCCGACGAGGCGGAUCACCUCUGGUGGCCAGCUUCGACGGCCUCCAAUGAACCUGUUAAGGGUACGUCUAGGCGACUCAUAGGAGGGAUACAGGCCAGUUGGGGAGGCUCUGAAGGAAUCACAUGUCAGUCGGACGAGGACUCGACGGUUGGAGACACAGGCCAGCUUAUGAGAAGAGGGGGCACAAGCUUGGUUAGUGGAGAGGGUGGAGCAGGUCGCCCGGCGCGGAAUCCGGUCUGUGACCCACUCCGCAAGACACGGUGGGCCUGUCACGAAACUCUUACAAGCAACGCGAAGCGGGAACUAGAAGUAUGUGGGGAGUUGCGCCCCUACAUCGCUACUGAGCUCCCGCGAGGCGUAGACCUCACCCCUUCACUCGGCUCUGACCCUUGGUGGACCUGGAUGGCAGGCAGGACCACGUCCGGCCGGGGAGACUAUUACGUGGCUCGAGAGAAUGGAUGCGCGUGUCGGUGCAUCAAUAGAUGGGACCGUUCGUUAGGACGGCGUGCCAGUGACACGUGCUUAAGGAGCAAGCAGGAGUUACCCAGGCGGGAGAGGUUUGACUGGGCCCAACCUUGUGACGAUCCCGCUGGAAAACUGGGGUAG